AUGAUUGGUAAUCACGGACAACCGCAGAUGAGCAAUUUUCAUCUGUUAGACCAAGUGAAUUGUUCCUUUUAUACUGCAAUUGUAUUUCAGUGGUUAGAUGCUCAACGAAAAGCCAGCCUUUUGGUUCCACCGUAUAACAUUGACCAGUGGCAGCUGUUGCCCAGAUUUUCUGCACUGUACCAUAAAGUUGUGGCAAUGAUAGUACCACCAGAGCAACGUGAAGAUCAAAUCGCAUUGAUUGAACAAAUUGUUCAAGAAGGCUCAGCAACAGAUGACGCGUCAGUAGAAAUUGAUUUUGCACCACUUAUUCACCGAGCACGAAAUGUGGUCAAAUGUCGUACACCCCAUCCGACAAUGCGUGUUCGGGUUUGUGCCCUAUCAGAUCACGAUUGUAGUGAAUGCCCGCCUGUUAAAGAAGCCUUCUUCCGUGUUACGCUUGUCAAACUCCAAGUAGCAGGCAAGUUAAUACUGACACAGCGCGAAGGAACACCAGCAACAAAAUGCCAGGAUCAGAAUGGUGCGACAAUGACAUCAGACGGACGUCUUAUUGCAAGUCAGGCAGCUCCAGAUGUCCACUCUCACAUGUUACAUGAAAGCUUUGGAGAGGCCAGCAAAACAACACCGUUGAGAUACGAACUCGAUACGCUUUGUGCAACAUUUCCUGAAAUGGGCGUAACUUUGAACUCGAUGGUUGACAGAAGACAGCUGGCCACUCGAUACGCUAUGCAAGUAGACGUUGCUAUCAACAUAAAUAACAAAGUUAUAAUAAAACAUAACCAAGCAUCUCAUCUUCAGCCUUAA